GUACACACCAGUGUCUCUCUCUCUCUAACCCCUUCCUUUCCUUCCUUCCCCUUUAUUCUAUUCUUUGUCCCUCAAAUUUCUCUGAAUUUCAAGCAUAUUGAUUCUCUCCGUCUUUGUUGGCAUGUCUUGCAUUCCCUAAUCUCUCCCACAACCCUAUUCCCAAUUGCUUCUUCUUCUUCUUCUUCUUCCUCAUAUCUCAGGCAAGGAACACGAAAUACAAGAUACUAACUCUCAUGGAAGAAAAUCAGUUGAAUUUUAACCGCCCACUCCUAUCUGUGAGACGGUACUCAGCGACAACUGUUUCCUCAGAAGCUGAUGACAAAAGGAAGACAGCUAAAUCACAACCAAAACUACCUCCUCUCCCUGCUUACAAGUCAGAACUGAAAUCAGGGCCAGUAAGGAACCCGGGAACUGUUCCAUUUAUAUGGGAGCAAAUCCCAGGAAGACCCAAGGAUGAAAGUAUACCAAAAAAUCAUGCUCUUGAAGGAUCUCAGGUUGCACCAAGGCUUCCGCCUGGAAGGGUCUCAAAGGUUAAGAAGCAAGGGUUGGAUAAAGGUUCUAAAGGUACAACAGCUGCUCAAUCCCAAAAUGGAAAUAUUCUUUCCAGUUCUCAUACUAUAUCAGCCAUGGAGAGAAAAGUAGAUAUUAAAGAAGAAACAUCUAAGGAGCGGAAGGGGGAAAGGACUGGUUCAGAGAAUGGUGAUGAGACCUAUUUAGAUGCACUUUCUAGAACUGAAUCAGCCUAUAUGAACUGCAGUGUAAGUGGUUUAAGUGGACUGGAUGGUCCAGAUAUCAUACCCUGUGGAACAUUCUCAACAGAUCCACAGACACGCGAUUUCAUGAUGGGUCGGUUCUUGCCUGCAGCAAAAGCAAUGGCUUCAGAAACACCUCACAAUGCUCCUAGGAAGCACCCUGUGGCUAGAGAGCAACCAAUUUCCAGAGAGGAACCAAGAAGGGUUAAAAAGAUAAUGACUGGGGAUAAGCAGCAUCAAUCUAAUCAAUAUAGGCCAGUUUAUAUUCAAGAUAUAGCUCAGGAAGCACGUGAGGAUGAAGGGAUGAGAAUGCCGGUGCAAUUACCCAUUUAUUCGGUUUGUAGAGUGCUCGGUAACUCUUCUUAUGCUGGUUCUCACACUGAAGCUGAAAAUAAGCAUGGUGGGACUGGCGUAUAUAGAGAAAGAUUAAUUAGUCGUGAUCAAGAAGCUGGGCUGCAUGAAGAUAACAUUGAUUUGAAACGUGAAUCCGACCAGAUCAGUAACAGAAGUGAUGGUCUGCCAUUAGAUGGGUCAUCAGUAAACAGGCGUUUGCAGGGUAGUGGCAUAUCACCCUACCGUAGGGAAUGUUCUCAGUCUAUCCUUCAUGACGGAAAAUGUUUUCUAGGUAUUCCUGAGAAAGCUAAGCGUUCCAAGGAGACUAGUAGCUCGGAUAAAUAUAGAAAAGGCUGCAGGUUUCUGGAACGUUUGUCUAGUGAGAAUGCUGAAUGGGAAGCACGCAUAGGAAGUCCUGUGGUUGAGAAGACACUGUAUGUUGAUUCUGUUCAGACAGUAAAAUCUUCAAGUUCAAAUUCAUUUUUCUCAGAUAUAAAGGGCGAGAUAAAGGGACUUAUCGAUUACAAACGGAAUGAUUUGGACAUUCCUGAAAGAAGUGAAGUGGAAGAAACUCUAUUGGCAGAUUGUACAUUUCAAGAUAUUGAACACUUGGGGAAUGUGAAUGAGAAGGCAGCAGUUCAGUCUAAAUGUUUGGACUUUUCGAAAUCUAGUUCUCUGUCUUCUGCUGGAAAAUCAUAUUGGGAUGUGCAAAAAAUCACAAGAAAUGGCCGUCUACAGGAUCAGAAGGAUUAUAACAAACUGGCAAUCUCAGAAGUGGCCAACAAAGAGGAGGUUAAUUUUGAAAGCCAACUGUUGGAUAAUUCAGAUGAUCCAGAAAAUUGCCACGGCCUUACUGAGGAAUGUAUUAGGUUGACAAGCGUGAAGCUGGCUGAUGAGGAGAACACUGAUUUAAAAAUCCUAGAGCGUAAGACUUCAGAUACUGAUGACAUUUCUCAUGGCCUAGUUCAAAAUUCUAUUACAUUGAUCCGCUCAAAAGUGGGCAAGAAGGGGAAGAUUGAUUUAGAAAGCCAACGUCUUGUGACACUUGGUAAUCAAGGAAGUUCUGAGGGUGAAAAUACACGACUACCUCUUGGACCCCCUUUACCAAAAUCACCGUCAGAGUCGUGGCUAAAGCGUACCUUGCCUACCAUUUCCUCCAGGAAUUCAGCUUCACAGUCUUCUCUUGGUUCACGCAUUUAUACCAGCAGUCCUGUUUCUAAGAUAUCCUCUCUUGAUCCCAAGUGGGAGACUAUUGUCAGAACUUCUAAUGUGCAUCACGGGCGUUCGCGGUUCUCUGAGGAACUUCUUACACCUAUACCAGAAGCUUAGAUUGUGGAACUUUCAUCUGAAGCUCAACAGCUUAUUCAUAUGCCUUGGUUGAAUAUCUCUCUUGAUGGGCUUAAAGGCGCUAAAAUUUUCUUUUUCACUUCUUAAAUGAUUUAAUCUCUAAAGGUUUCUAUACCCCGAACUUAGGAAACUGUACAUGACAAGCCCAUCUCUGAUCCUGUAAUUUUCUUGUAAAUCAUAGUUUUUGUGUCUUUGAACUUGAAGUUUGUUACUGUACUGGGAUUCUUGUAUAAAGGGAAGCAGUAGCUGUAAUUUGUUUAUAAAAAGAAAGAUAAUAAAAGGGAUUUGAUG